CAGCAACCUAUUUAUUUCGUUUAUUCUAAAUUUCCUUUUCUCUAUCAGAUAGCUAUUGAUUACUGAGUUUUGCUUCGUUUCUUUGUUUUUUGCCUUUGUCAGCUGCCUUUUCAUCCGCCUUUACAACCGCACUGAUACCAAAAGAAUCAACAUUUAUGAAUUUUGGACUCGAGAGAAUACACAGUUUAUUGGAAGCCCUUGAUCGACCAGACGAGCGUACACAAAUUAUUCAUGUGGCCGGAACCAAUGGCAAGGGAUCUGUUUGUGCCUACAUCUCUACUGUUUUGCGUACGUGUGGCUAUUCCGUUGGACGCUUCAACUCACCUCACCUUAUUGAACCUCGCGACAGUAUUAAUGUGAACGGGGAACCAAUUAGUCAAACACUGUACGACAAAGCUUUUGCACAUGUUCACGAACUUAAUACGUCCCAUGCUAUCGGUGCUUCUUCCUUUGAAUGUCUGGUAGGAGCGGCCUUUUACGUUUUCGAUCAAGCCCAUUUAGACUUUGUGGUACUCGAAGUGGGCCUCGGCGGUUUGUUGGAUGCCACUAAUGCAGUGCGACAUCCUGUUAUGACAAUUAUCACUGCGAUAGGAAUGGAUCAUGCUCAUAUAUUAGGCCAUACAUUAAAGGAAAUUGCAAUGGCAAAGGCAGGUAUCAUGAAACCAGGAUGUCCUGUUGUUAUAGCACCUCAACCACCGCAAGAACCAACGACAAAUGACCUUCAUUAUCGCAAUAGUGAUGUACUAUCGACACUGAUACAGCAUGCAAAAGUGACAGGAUCUCCUUGUAAAGUAGUUGAGCCAGCUACAUUUGUUACAAACGAUCCACAUCAAACCAGAGAGAAGCAGGGGGAAAAAAUUGAUAUUCAACAUCAAUCUCUUUGCGAAUUAGAAAUUCAUGAAGACGAUAUACAUUAUACAUAUCCCAUUCGGCUGAUAGGUGACUAUCAACGCAUGAACUCUGCUACAGCUGUCGUGGCUUUAGAUUGGCUCAAAAGGCUCAAUAAAAUCAGUAUGAGUACAGAACAACUAACGACGGGCAUGAAAGAAACGCGAUGGCCUGGUCGGUUGGAAUGGCUCACCGAAGACGAUUAUCCAACAAUAUUUUCCCGGCACCGAAUCAGGCGCAUAUUGGUGGACGGUGCACAUAACCCACCCGCCACUUUUGAAUUACGUAAAUACAUAAAUAGUCUAAAACCACAGCUUAAACGCGUCAUUUGGAUUUUGGGAUGUACUCAAGGCAAAGAUGUCGCGAGGAUGUGCCAAGUAUUAUUGGCUAAUGAAGAUAUAGUAUACACAUGUUCAUUUACUCAGCCAGAUGGUAUGCCCUGGAUUCAGUGCAUUCCACCUGCGGAUAUGAUUCAACAAAUCAAAGCACAGCAACAGCAGGUGAGUCAUAUAGAAGGCUUUGCAAAUUUAGAAGAUGCAUUGAAAAAAGCUGGCUUGAAUUGCGGUGAGAAUGAUUUGAUCGUUCUUUGUGGGUCACUUUAUUUGGUAGCUGAUCUGUAUCGAAUUUUGUUAUAAAUAAUUCCGCUUGAUAUUUGUAUUUAUGCUUAUUUAAGAGUAUCAUAAUUAAAUGCAAUGGCCCCGAAUAGUAGGUUGAACAGAAACCGAUGACGACGAUUUUCGGUUGUAUGCG